CGUUGUUGAAGCGUCGUAUUAACCGAAUCACAAAAAUAGAACAAGUAGACGGACAUUUCAACCAAAAUGUCAAAAUUACAGUUGUUGCAAGCGUUUCUCUCUGAUCGAUUAACAACAGUGGCUGUAGAGAUAUCCGUGGUAGUGGAAAAUGCGUUUGCAGAGUACCAGGAUGAGAUGUCACGUUCAAAGGAGGAGAAUCAACGCCUGCAGAGGCUGCUGGAUUCGGUUUUUAAUCCCGAUCUGAAAUUACAUAAAGCAGACCCCCUGCAGCUCACUCUCACCGUCUCUGAAGACGAGGUUCCCUCUGACCAGCAGCACUCGGAGCAGGUUUGGAGUGAUCAAGAGGACACAGAGUUCUUCAUUCCCUGUGUGGAAAGUGACAGUGACCAGGGCUCACACCUUUACCAAACUGGGAAGAACAGCAAGAGGGACUCCCUAUCCACAAUUGUAGCAGAACAGAUACAAACAAAACCUGAUGGAGAGGAUGACGGAAUAUCCGAAUCAACCAGUUAUGCUCCCCUCACACAGUUAAAGCCUCUAAAAAUCAAGAGAACACGGUUAAAGAAAGGACAAAGCUCUUACAUCUGCGCUGAGGUCAAGACAACCAGUGAGCUGAUAGAGCCACUGAGGGAUCACACGGGGAAGAGGUCCUACAGUUGUACUGAAUGCACAGCAACCUAUGACAGACCGUGUCAUUUGAAAACACACAAGAGAACUCACACCGGUGAGAAACCAUUUGAGUGCAAAGACUGUGGUAAAUGCUUCAACCGCAAGUAUUGCCUGCACGUGCAUAUGUUAACACACACACGGGAGAAACCGUACUGCUGCCAUUAUUGUGGCAAAUGCUUCGCUCUAAACACAAGGCUAAUAGAUCAUCUGAGGAUACACACAGGGGAGAAACCGUACAAGUGCCCUUUCUGUGCCAGAUGCUUUACAUUUCUAUCUCACUUAAGUCGUCACAAGAAGCUCCAUACAGGAGAGAGGCCAUUUCAAUGCAAUGUAUGUGGGAAAUGCUACACACGGAAGGAGCACCUGACAGACCAUAUGAGAUCCCACACUGGAACAAAACCAUACAGCUGUAAGCAAUGUGGAAAAUGCUACAAACUGCAGGGAAACCUGAGAUCGCAUAUGGCGAGUCACACAGGGGGGAAAUCAUGCAAGUGCCCUGUGUGUGGACUAGGUGUUAUAAAUCUUAAUCGCCACAUGCAAGUUCAUGCAGGAGAGAAACCGCAUCAAUGCCAAGAUUGUGGGAAGUGCUUUAACCGAAAGGAAAAACUGACAGAGCACUUAAGGACUCACACAGGAGAGAAACCGUAUCGAUGUCAUGAUUGUGGUGAAUGCUUUAGGCUCAAUGUAACCCUGAAGAAACACAUGAUGACGCACACUGCUGCGGCAAGUACUUCUCCAUGAAAGAAGAUAUGGGAACUUAAGAGGACACACACAGGGACAAAUCUGUUCACUGCUCAGUGCAUUGCAUGUUUCAGCAAUAUUGUUCAGAUUGAAUUUGAACAAUGUUUCAGUCAGAAGGGUACAAAAGCUGAAAAACAUACGCACAUCCAGUCAGAAGGGUACCUUGAACUGUGACGUGGUUUUAAACAGGACAGAAACUGUAUAGGUGCAAUGAUUCUGGUCAAUGCCCAAAUCAAAAGACAUGCUUGGGGGGAAAAAUGGAAAAAACAUUUACUGUGCAUUUUUGAUGCAUUUGAAGAACACAACACCACAGUAUGUGAAAAAAGAUCAAUCUUGAAAGAGGUUUGUGAGGUGCAAAUUAACAGUAUAUGUCGAAAAUAAAGAUUUGACCUCGUAGCUAUUAUGAUUUUAAAUUAUUUACAGUGACAAAAAUAUAAACGCAACAUAUUUCAUGAGCUGGAAAAAAAGAGCCCCGAAUUUUUCCAUACACACAAAGCUUAUUUCUCUCAAAUGUUGUGCACAAAUUUGUUUACAUCCCUGUUAGUGAGCAUUUCUCCUUUGCCUAGGUAGUCCCUCCACUUGAUAGGUGUGGCAUAUCAAGAAGCUUAUUAAACAGGAUGAUCAUUACCUAUGUGCAGCUUGUGCUGGGAACAAAAGGCCACACUAAAAUGUGCAGUUUUGUCACACAACACAAUGCCACAGAUGUCUCAAGUUUUGAGGGAGCGUGCAAUUGGCAUUCUGACUGCA